AGGCCGAUCAUGCUGGUAGGAAACGCCGGCACAGGGAAGUCUGUGAUCGUAGGAGAUAAGCUGUCCAUGCUGGAUUCUGAGGAGUACUUGGUGAAGAAUGUUCCUUUUAAUUACUAUACCACUUCUGCUAUGCUGCAAGCUGUUCUUGAGAAACCACUAGAUAAGAAGGCUGGAAGGAAUUAUGGUCCUCCUGGCACGAAGAAACUCAUCUACUUCAUUGAUGACAUGAACAUGCCUGAAGUAGACAGUUACGGGACAGUUCAGCCUCACACAUUGAUCCGUCAACAUCUGGACUAUGGGCACUGGUAUGACAGAAACAAGCUGUCCCUGAAGGAAAUCAUGAAUGUGCAGUACGUGUCAUGUAUGAAUCCCACGGCAGGCAGCUUCACUAUCAACCCACGCUUGCAGCGCCACUUCAGCGUGUUUGCCCUUUCAUUUCCCGGGUCAGAUGCUCUAUCCACCAUUUAUAGCACCAUCCUAACACAGCACCUGAAGCGGGGAAACUUCCCUGGGGCUUUGCAGAAAUCAUCACAGCACUUAAUAAAUCUGGCACUCGCCCUGCACCUGAAAGUGGCUGCAACUUUCCUGCCAACAGCGAUCAAAUUUCAUUAUAAUUUCAACCUAAGGGACUUCUCCAAUGUCUUCCAAGAAAUGGAGGAUACCCUGGAACAGAUUAAGAAGAUAAAUGUGUUUUGCCAUUUCGCAAGAGGGGUAGGAGAGCCCAAAUACUUGCCUGUCCAGAGUUGGGAAUCAUUGAACCAGCUCUUAGUGGAAGCUUUAGAGAAUCACAAUGAGGUCAACGCUGCCAUGAACCUGGUGCUGUUUGAAGAUGCCAUGUGCCACGUUUGCCGGAUCAACCGUAUCCUGGAAUCUCCCAGAGGGAAUGCAUUGCUGGUUGGUGUGGGAGGAAGUGGUAAGCAGAGUCUGACAAGAUUAGCAGCUUUCAUUAGCUCACUGGAGGUUUUCCAGAUCACCUUGAGAAAAGGCUAUGGGAUUCCUGACCUGAAGGCAGACUUGGCUGCCCAGUACAUUACAGCAGGAAUGAAGAAUGUGGGUACCGUCUUUCUCAUGACAGAUGCUCAAGUGGCCGAUGAGAGGUUUUUAGUGCUGGUAAAUGACUUGCUAGCUUCAGGAGAAAUUCCCGAUCUUUUCCCAGAUGAUGAAGUUGAAAAUAUCAUCAGUAACGUGAGGAAUGAAGUAAAAGCCCAAGGACAGAUGGACACCAGGGAGGCCUGCUGGAAAUUCUUCAUCGAUCGGGUUAGGCGGCAGCUCAAGGUUGCUCUUUGUUUUUCCCCUGUGGGAAAUAAGUUGAGAGUUCGCAGUCGGAAGUUCCCGGCCAUUGUGAACUGUACAGCGAUAGACUGGUUUCAUGAGUGGCCUCGAGAGGCUCUGGAGUCCGUCAGCUUGCGCUUCUUGCAAGGGACGGAAAAUAUUGAGGCUCCAGUGAAAGAAUCUAUAAGUAAGUUCAUGGCUUACGUGCACACCAGUGUGAAUGGGAUGUCCCGUUCUUACCUGAGUAACGAACGUCGCUAUAACUACACCACUCCUAAGUCAUUCUUGGAGCAAAUCAAACUGUAUCAGAACUUGCUGCUUAAGAAGAGGAAAGAACUGGCAGCAAAGAUGGAGCGGCUGGAGAAUGGUCUGCAGAAGCUCAGCAGCACCUCUGCCCAGGUGGAUGAUCUAAAAGCCAAGCUGGCAGCCCAAGAAGUGGAGCUGAAACAGAAGAAUGAGGAUGCGGACAAGCUGAUCCAGGUGGUGGGCAUAGAGACGGAGAAAGUGAGCAAGGAGAAGGCCAUUGCUGAUGACGAGGAACGGAAGGUGGCCUUAAUUACCCAAGAGGUCCAGCAGAAGCAGAGAGACUGUGAGGAGGACCUAACAAAAGCUGAACCUGCUCUUGCUGCUGCCCAGACAGCUCUUAACACACUCAAUAAGACCAAUCUGACAGAGCUGAAGUCAUUUGGAUCACCGCCUUCUGCUGUCAGCAACGUCACUGCUGCCGUGAUGGUGCUCAUGGCUCCGGGCGGGAAGGUCCCGAAGGACAGAAACUGGAAAGCAGCCAAGGUGGCCAUGUCAAAGGUGGAUGGCUUCCUGGACUCCUUGGUCAACUUCGACAAAGAGAACAUACACGAGAGCUGCCUUCGAGCCCUGCAGCCCUACCUGCAGGAUCCGGAGUUCAACCCUGAGUUUGUGACAUCCAAGUCCUACGCAGCUGCUGGCCUCUGCUCCUGGGUCAUCAACAUCGUGCGCUUCUAUGAAGUGUAUUGUGAUGUGGAGCCCAAGCGGCAGGCCCUGAGCAAAGCGAAUGCUGAACUGGCUGCUGCUCAAGAAAAGCUGGCUAGCAUAAAGGCCAAAAUUGUGCACCUCAAUGAAAACUUGGCAGUACUCACAGCCAAAUUUGAGAAGGCCACAGCAGAGAAGCUGAAAUGCCAGGAAGAAGCUGAAGCCACCGCAAAGACUAUUUCCCUUGCAAAUCGACUGGUUGGGGGCCUUGCCUCUGAAAAUGUGAGAUGGGCUGAAUCUGUGAAAGAUUUCAAGAUUCAAGAGAGUGCUUUGUGUGGAGAUGUCUUGCUGAUAACUGCCUUUGUCUCCUACUUGGGUUACUUCACCAAGAAGUACAGGCAGGAUCUGAUGGAUAGUGUUUGGAAACCAUACUUGCGCCAGCUGAAGGUUGCGAUCCCUGUGACCCCUUCCCUGGACCCUCUGCUGAUGCUGACCGAUGAUGCAGACAUAGCAGCCUGGCAGAACGAAGGGCUGCCGGCCGAUCGCAUGUCCACCGAAAAUGCUACCAUCCUAACCAACUGUGAGCGCUGGCCGCUCAUGGUUGACCCCCAGCUCCAGGGCAUCAAGUGGAUCAAAACCAAGUAUGGCGAACACCUCCGAGUGACUCGGAUCGGCCAGAAAGGAUACCUGGACAUGAUAGAACAGGCUCUUGCUGCUGGUGAAGUUGUUCUCAUUGAAAACUUGGAAGAAUCUGUUGACCCAGUCCUAGGUCCACUGCUUGGUCGAGAGACCAUCAAAAAAGGAAGGUACAUUAAAAUCGGAGAUAAGGAAUGUGAAUACAACCCCAAUUUUCGUCUAAUACUUCAUACAAAGCUAGCAAACCCCCACUACCAACCAGAAAUGCAGGCUCAGUGCACCCUCAUCAACUUUACAGUGACUCAAGAUGGCCUGGAAGACCAACUGUUAGCAGCAGUUGUCAGUAUGGAGAGGCCUGACCUAGAAGAGCUAAAGUCUGAUCUCACAAAGCAGCAGAAUGGAUUCAAAAUAACGCUGAAGACUUUGGAGGACAACUUGCUGUCCCGCCUCUCGUCUGCCUCAGGGAACUUCCUGGGAGACAUCGCCUUAGUAGAGAAUCUGGAAGUCACCAAACAGACGGCUGCAGAAAUUGAAGAAAAGGUCCAGGAGUCCAAGGUGACAGAAACAAAGAUUAAUGAAGCCAGGGAGCAUUACCGUCCAGCAGCAGCCCGGGCUUCCCUGCUGUACUUCAUCAUGAAUGACCUCAAUAGCAUCCAUCCAAUGUACCAGUUUUCCCUGAAGGCAUUCAGUGUUGUUUUCCAAAAAGCUGUCGAAAGAGCUGCCAUGAAUGAAAACCUCAAAGAACGAGUAGCCAACCUUAUUGACAGCAUUACCUUCUCUGUGUUCCAGUACACCACCCGAGGGCUGUUUGAAUGUGACAAACUGACUUACACAGCACAGGUCACUUUCCAGAUACUGCUGAUGAAUAAAGAAAUUAACAUGGUGGAACUUGAUUUCCUGCUACGAUAUCCUGCCCAACCAGGAGUCAUCAGUCCAGUAGAGUUUUUGUCUAAUCAGUCAUGGGGUGGCGUUAAGGCUCUGUCAUCCAUGGAACAAUUUCGCAACUUGGAUCGGGACAUUGAGGGUUCUGCCAAACGAUGGAAGAAGUAUGUGGAGUCUGAAUGUCCCGAAAAGGAAAAAUUUCCACAGGAAUGGAAGAACAAGUCAGCUUUGCAGAAGCUGUGUAUGAUGAGAGCCAUACGACCUGACCGUAUGACAUAUGCUGUCCGAGAUUUUGUGGAAGAAAAGCUGGGAAGUAAAUAUGUGGUAGGAAGAUCUCAGGAUUUUGCAACAUCGUUUGAGGAGUCAGGACCUGCAACCCCAAUGUUUUUCAUCCUCUCACCUGGAGUUGACCCCCUGAAGGAUGUAGAAAAGCAUGGGAAGAAGCUUGGCUACACAUUUAAUAACAGGAAUUUCCAUAAUGUCUCACUUGGGCAAGGCCAGGAGGUAGUGGCUGAGCAGGCCUUAGACCUGGCCGCAGCAGAGGGACAUUGGGUUAUCCUGCAGAACAUCCACCUGGUGGCCAAGUGGCUGAGUUCUCUGGAGAAGAAGCUGGAGCAGCACAGUGAAGGCAGUCAUCUGGAAUUCCGUGUCUUCAUAAGUGCAGAACCUGCAGCUUCGCCCGAGGGCCAUACCAUACCUCAGGGGAUCCUGGAGAACUCUAUCAAAAUCACCAAUGAGCCCCCAACAGGGAUGCAUGCCAAUCUCCACAAGGCCCUGGAUAACUUCAGCCAGGACACCCUGGAGAUGUGUACCCGUGAGAAUGAAUUUAAGAGCAUCCUUUUUGCCCUAUGUUACUUUCAUGCUGUGGUGGCGGAAAGGCGCAAGUUUGGGCCUCAAGGUUGGAACCGCUUGUAUCCCUUCAACACGGGAGAUCUCACCAUUUCAGUCAAUGUUCUCUACAAUUACUUGGAGGCUAGUUCAAAGGUACCCUAUGAUGACCUGAGGUACCUCUUUGGGGAGAUCAUGUACGGAGGACAUAUCACAGACGACUGGGACAGGCGCCUCUGUAAGACCUAUCUGGAGGAAUUCAUUAAGCCUGAAAUGCUGGAGGGAGAAUUCUUACUGGCUCCAGGUUUUCCCCUCCCAGGGAACCUAGACUACAAUGGCUAUCACCAGUAUAUAGAUGACGCCUUGCCUGCUGAGUCUCCAUACCUUUAUGGCCUCCACCCCAAUGCAGAAAUUGGCUUCUUGACCCAAACCUCAGAAAAGCUGUUCCGUACCAUUUUGGAGCUGCAGCCUCGGAACACCAGCUUAGGAGAAGGUGCGGGGACUACCCGGGAAGAGAAGGUGAAAGCACUGCUGGAUGACAUCCUGGAGAAGCUGACUGAUGAGUUUAACAUUCCAGAGCUGAUGGCCAAGGUGGAAGAGAGGACCCCAUACAUUGUUGUGGCAUUCCAGGAGUGUGAACGAAUGAACCUCCUGACUAGUGAGAUCCGGAGGUCACUGAGGGAGCUGGACUUGGGGCUAAAGGGUGAAUUAACUAUGACCAGUGAUAUGGAGACCCUACAAAAUGCCAUCUUCUUAGACACAGUGCCUGAGUCAUGGACCAGGAGGGCUUAUCCUUCCAUGGCUGGUCUCUGUGGCUGGUUUGCUGACCUCCUCAAUCGUAUCAAGGAGCUGGAGACGUGGACAGGGGACUUCAUGCUACCAUCUGUGGUGUGGCUGGCUGGCUUCUUCAACCCCCAGUCUUUCUUGACAGCCAUAAUGCAGUCCAUGGCCCGAAAGAAUGAGUGGCCACUGGACAAAAUGACCCUACAGUGUGACGUGACCAAAAGAAAUCGUGAGGAUUUUACCAGCCCACCACGGGAAGGAGCAUACAUCCAUGGCUUUUUCAUGGAAGGAGCACGCUGGGAUAUGCAGACAGGUUUAAUUGCUGAUGCCCGCCUUAAGGACCUGACUCCCUCCAUGCCGAUUAUUUUCAUCAGAGCCAUCCCUGUUGAUAAGCAAGACAACCGCAACGUGUAUCCUUGUCCUGUGUAUAAAACCCGCCAACGAGGCCCAACCUACGUCUGGACCUUUAACCUGAAGACUAAAGAGAAACCUUCCAAGUGGGUUUUAGCAGGAGUGGCUCUCCUCCUCCAAAUUUAGACUUAAACUCAAAUGCACU